AUGUUAUGUACCAUUGUCUUGCGAACCAAUCUAGUGGAACUCGUUGAACGAAUGAAAAUUAAUAGAACUUGUCUUGGUUCCGAAAACCGAAUAUGAUCUUAAGUUUUCUCGUGUUAUUAUGUUUUACCUGUCGCCUCGGCCAUGGCGUUGGUCUCCACGGAUUUCAUUUUCACGGUUUGGAAGAGCCACGUUCUUUGGACAAAUCGACUUGUGAAAAUAUAACCGAAUUAUGGAUUCGACAACCCGUCGAUCAUUUCAAUGUCCGCAACAAUUGCACUUGGUUGAUGCGUUACUAUGAAAAUUCAAGAUAUUUCAAGAAAAACGGACCGAUUUUGAUUAUGAUCGGAGGAGAAUGGGCAAUAUCUAAAGGCUUCUUAGAGGCUGGUUUAAUGUACGAGCUCGCAUCCGCUUAUAACGCGAUCAUGUACUAUACCGAACAUCGGUAUUACGGCAAAAGUAAACCGACCGAAGACACUAGUUCAAGAAACUUGCAAUAUCUAAGCGUAGAUCAAGCACUGGCGGACUUGGCAUAUUUCAUCGAAACGAGGAAAAAGGACGAGAAACUUCGGAAUAGUAAAGUGAUUGUUUUCGGUGGAUCUUAUGCUGGAAAUGUGGCAACAUGGGUUAGAUUGAAAUACCCUCACCUCGUUCAGGGUGCGCUAGCUAGUAGCGCGCCAGUUCUCGCCAAAGUUGAUUUCUAUGAGUAUUACGAAGUCGUGACGGAAUCGCUCCGUAGACACAGUCAGAAAUGCAUGGACGAAGUUAAAGCUGCUUUUGACGAUGUCGAAGAGUUACUAGCCAUUCAAGGAGGCGCACAGAAAUUAAAAGAGUAUUUCAAUUUGUGCGAUGUGCCCGAUGUACAUUCCUUCAAGGAUCUGGCUCAUUUGGGCAACCUUCUAGCAGAGGAAUUUGCUAGCAUCGUUCAAUACGAUAAAGUGGAGAACAAUCGAACAAAAAUCGCCGCUUGCUGCGAAAACAUGACUGCUUCGUAUCUGGGUAGCCCUCUCCAGAGAUUGGCGCAUCUCGUGUCGAACAAAGAUAAAUGCUUGAAAAAUAAUUACAACAAGUUUGUCGAAGUUUACAGAAAUGAAAUAUGGGACUCGCAACCUGAUAUCAUGAGACUAUGGUUCUACCAGACAUGCACGGAAUACGGUUAUUAUCAAACAACAAACUCAAGGAAGUCGGUUUUUGGAAGCUUAUUCCCGUUGCCUUAUUUUACAGGUCUUUGUACCGACUUAUACGGGUACUACUACGGUAACAGAUUCUUGUAUACCAGAAUUGGAAGAACGAACACAAUGUACGGAGGUUUACGACCAGAUUUGCAAAACGUCAUUUUUACUAACGGCGACGUCGAUCCGUGGCAUGCUCUCUCUGUUCUUCAGGACUUAAAUGAAUUCUCUCCCGCCAUACUCAUCAAAGGAUCAUCGCACUGUCGUGAUUUGUACAGCGAUUUGGAUACGGAUGUUGAAGAUCUUAUUCGAGCUAGAGCAAGAGUACGUAAAAUUAUUGGGACUUGGAUUUCUUCUUAAUCGUUUGUUACAUUGUUACUAAAUAAAGUAUGCGUAAGAAAAUAUUUA